GGGGAGCAGUCAGAGUGAAAACAUGAAGAAACAUUCAAAAACUACAGUCAUGAGAAGUCAGAAUAUCAGAAAAAUAAGUUAUUAUGUUAUGAGAAUUUAGUUCAGAUAAGUUGUAAUUUGGGUUCAUGUGAACAGCGAGCCGUCUGAACCAAAAUGAGGAAUGUGGAGCGUCUAAUAUAAUUGGUUUAGUUUAUUGGUUCAGUCACGUCAUGUCAAGUUAAGUUUAGUGUAGUUAGGUUAAGUUUGGUCAAGUUUGGGUUGGUUUGGUUUAAUUAGUUCAGUUGAGUUCAGUUUAGUUAAGUGAAGUUCAGUCAUGUCAAGUUUAGUUUAGCAUAUUUAAGUAAAGAGAAGUAAAGUUUGGUUUAGUUUAACUAGUUCAGUUGGCUUUAGUUUAGUUUAGUUUGGUCUACUUCGGUUUGGUUUAGUUUGGGUUAAGUUUAGAUUAGUCAAGUUAAGUUUAGUUUGGUUUGGUUUAGUUCGUUAUAGUUCAGUUACGCUAUGUACAGUUAAGUUAGAUUUGGUUUACUUUGGUCUGGUUUAGCUCGUUAAGUUUAGUUUGGUCAAGUUUCGUUAAGUUAAAGUUGAGUUAAACUUAAGUAAGGUUUAAUCUAGUUAAGUUGGUUAAAAUUUAGUUAGUUUACUUACAAGUUUACUACAAGUUUUAUUUAGUUUAGUUAAGUUUCAUUAAGUUGAGCUUGGUCUAUUUUUUGUUAUGGUUUACUUAAGUUGGUUUAUGUUAAGCUUAGUUUGGUCUACUUUGGUUUAGUUAAAUUAAGUAAAUAAAUUGAAGUAAAGUGAAGUUUAAUGAAGUGAACUGUGGUUUAAUUUUGUGAAGUCGAUUGAAGUUAAGUUUAGUUUAGCUUGGUGUAGUUUGGUUUAGGGAAGUUUAGUUUUAUAUAGUUACGCUGGUGUAAGUUUAGUUCAGUUUGGUAUGGUUUGGUUUAAUUAAGUUAAAUUAAGUUUAUGUAGUUUAAUUUUAAUGCACAACCUCUGCCUGAAGUCAGUGAACUGUUUGUUGGUCAGAACAAUCAUUUUUGAUGUAUUUUAGAGGGUCAGAUGUACCUUCAGAAGGCUUUUAUAGAACAACACCAAAUAAAUGUGUUGUUUAAGUUAAAAUAACCGAGUAAAGGUGAACAUUUAAGUUUAAAAACAGGCAUCUUUUAAUGUUAUUUAAGGGCAUGAAAAUACAUAGUCAUAUUUCUUCAUUUAUCCCAACAUGAUAAUGUGAAGGUCAUAUGUGACGAAUCUAAAGAUCAAACAUUGAAAAAACUCCCUCUAGUGUUCGUUGUGCUGUGGUCUCGUUGAACCACCUUUUACUGACUCUCACAUCAUUAGUGAAGUUUAACGGCUGAGAGACUUUUGUAGUUCCUGAGCUCUUCGGCUGCAAACAGUCACAGUUAUUUACUGGAGGCUGACGUUACUGAGACGAACUGAGCUGUCACUGCCGAAUCAGAAAACACAUCAAACACGUAUGAUACCACCAAACAUUGUUGAUCAGAUUUAAAGAAAUUUUAAGAGGACUUUUACCCAUCCCAGUGCAGCUUCUAUGACACAUUUACUGUCACUGUAAACCGGCCAACUUGGAAGUGCCUCAAUUCUCCCCAUCAGGCCUGCGACCCACCACGGCGGAUGCAUCUGUGAACACACAGGUUCUCAUAGGUGUUUGUGGACCAGAACCAGGACUGUGUAGACAAAUCUAAUCUAGCUUUAAACAGAGUUCAUCUUUACUGUGGAUGUGAACGUGCUGAUCAAAGGUUUUCAGAUCCACUAUGUGGCUUUUCGGCCCCCUCUGACGCUGGAUAGAAAGAUGGAUGUAUAUGUAUGUCGUAUAUUGUGGUUGUAUUUCUUCCUGCAGAUAGAAACAGCUUUUAACUUGGCUGACAUAUUUACUCGCUUUGAAAACACACUUCUCAAAAAAGGGAAAAUCCAUGUGUAUAUUUAACAGAGGGACUCACAGGGAUCCGCUUUACUGAGACUUUUGUCUCCUGCUUGUAAAUUUGCGUGGUGAACCACAGGAAUCUGAGCUCCGGCUGGGUUAAAGCGCCGGGUCUACAUGUAAUGUCAUUCAAUCAGUUCAGCAACACCAGGAGUGAGGACUGAAAACACAAUGAAGGAGGAACAAAUGAACUCUAGUGCUGCGUGUUUGAUUUGGCCGGAGAAUCAAAACGAUGUGUGUGUUAUCAUGUGACAGUUAUGGCUCCUUAAUGACUUCCUGAGCUCACAGAUUUUCCCAGGACUUUCAGAGUUUAUGUGGUUUCACUUAUUAAACUUGUUCCCAUUCAGAAGUUUAACAAAAUCACAGAGACAGGACGGUUACAAAAGUGCACUUAGUGGUGAAAACUGCACAAAAAAUGCUUUAUCUUCUGCUCAUGUCAGCAUGACUCCCUCGAAACGUUACAGCCUGUUCUCUGGACUUUUCUCUCACACCUCCAAAGCCAAACGUGUUUGUCUGAACUUCCUGAAUGUUAACCUUGAAACUUUGAGAGACCGUGUGCUCUAAAAACUUCAUAUUUCAGACAGUUAGAGCUCUGAAGGACUGUUUCUUGGUUCCUCAUUAAAGAUCCCCUGUGGCGCUCUCUUCUCCACAAACGUUAAGUUUAUUUAUAUCUACUUGUGCUCAGAAAAUACACCGUAUGUGUCCUUAGUGCUUUGGAGCAUGUCGACUUCAUUCCCCUUCCCAUAAAACAUGUGCUGUGCAGAUUUUUCAGUUUGAAUCCAGCUUUGUUUGCAUUCAUGUUUACUAGCUGGCACUUUUCUUCUUCUGCUGGAUUAAUAUAUGGAUAUUUUUAGCUUCUACUGCUGCCCAUAAACAAUUGUAUAGUUAUAGGAAGGAAUGUCUGUUCUGUCAGCCACAGAUCCAGGCGUCUUUGUGUCAGGGCACAAGAACAGACAAAAGAGAAACCCACCCUGAGAGACAAGACUGCAAAAAACACAUGCUAAUCAGAGCCAGUCCAACAGGCACUUCUUUUACGAUGGUAAAAAUACAUAUACGUGUUUUAAUGAGUUCAGGAUGGAACCAGCGAGAAAAGACUGAACUCAAGAGCAGCUCAGGCAAUGUAUACAGAAAUGAGUACUGUGUGUCUCCACAAGGUGGCGCUAUACCUGCAGUUGAGAAGUGAUUUCAUAGAUAUGCUCAGGGGUGGACCUUGAUCAUGUGACUUCCUGUUUUAUGGCUUUAAAGGAAUAUUCUGGCGUAAAUUUGAGUUAUGGUCAAACACACCAUAACACCGAGUUAGACACCCCCUCAAGAGAUGAAUGUUGUCGACUGCUUGCUUCUCUAGUUAUACCAACUUUAGUAACGACCGCACGAUAGCAAUACACAGCGGUCUAUGUCUCCACGCGCAAACUUCAACCAAAACACCACUCUAUAGCCACAAAUAAUGCUCAGAACAGCACCUAACUUCAUCAACAGCUGCUUGUUUGUGGGAGGAGCCCUGACGAGUCGAUCACCAAGUGCAGCGGAAAAUUCAUGAUUAUUACUUGGGCGGUAGUAGCUCAGGAGGUAGAGCGGUCGGCCAAUAACUGAGUUAGACUGACCCAAUCUCGAAUUUUCUUCGGUAUUGGGACUGAUACUGAUAUCAAAUAUCGGAUCAGUGCAUCCCUACAAAGUUUACAUGUGAUCAUGGUCGGCCUCCACUGGUGUAUGAUUGUGAGUGUUGUGUGUUAACGAACAGAGAGUCCGUAGGUGCAAAAUGCGAACCACGUUUCUGAUGGUCUACCCCAGGGUAGCUGUGACUACUAAGGUAGUUUACCACCACGAAGGCGUAACUGUGUGAGCGAAUGAAUGAAUGAUGUAUCCAUUGUAAAGCACUUUGAGGAACUCUGAUUACAUUUCCAUGAAGAACUGAUCAUAAAUUUUCCGCUGCACUUAGUAAUCGACUCGUCAGGGCUCCCCCCACAAACAAGCGGCUGCUGGAAGAGAGUGGGUGAGCUGUGUUUGGUCUCUUUGGUAAAGAAAUUAAGCAAAGUUAAAAAGAUGUUUGGUGGCUAGUACUAUGGCUGGGACCCUAUAUGUACUGUUGAUGAAGUUAGGUGCUGUUCUGAGCAUUAUUUGUGGCUAUAGAGUGGCGUUUUGGUUGAGGUUUGAGCGUGGAGAGGUAGACCGCUGUGUAUUGCUAUUGUGAGGUCGUUACUAAAGUUGGUACUAGAGAAGCAAGCGGUCAGAAACAUCCAUCUCUCAAGGGGGUGUUUAGCUCGGUGUUACGGUGUGUUUGACCCUUAAUUAAUUUUACGCUGCAAUAUCCCUUUAACUCUGGAAGUGAGGCCAUCAACGAUUCAAACCAAUAUGGCCGACUUCCUGUUGGAUUCAGGGUAUUGGUGCAAGAGGACUUUUUGUGAGUCUUGGUUUGAUUCAUAUGUCUGGCAAAAAUCACGCAUGUAGGAUGAAGCUUGUGGAGGAGCUGGAUGUCUGAAAAUUGGAGGGGCGGAGUUUAUAUUAAUGUGAGAUUUAACUGUCAUCACACAAUCACACUCACGUGCUCAUGUGCGUUUGUUGUUGUUGACGUGUGUUUACAUCUGUCUCGUUGUCUCAGGCUGAUUAAAGUGGAUCAGUCCAGACUUUUCUUCCAAGGAGGAUCAGACCUCAGAGAGGAGCUCAGCAAACUCUCAGGGAUUUAAAACCUCUCUCUCUCUCUUUACUCUGCGUCUCUCUCCCUCUCUCUCUCACCCCCUCCCUCCCUCCCUCCCUCCCGCUCUCUAAUCGCUGUGUUGUGGUGGUGACGGUCCCUCCUCCCUCCCCUCGUCUCUCUUCUCCUCUCAGGCUGUAUAAAAGUGUGGACGCCUGGCUUGUGUUUCAGACAGAGGGAAUGAGUGCGAGCCUCUCGGACGUACGGCGCAGAGGGCCACUAUGACCCCUGCUGUGACCCCAAAGAAGAGACCCCCACCUCCCGACAGGCUGCUUGUUAUUGGUCGGUUUGCAGCGUCUACAGGUGAGUUUUCAACCUCAUGUUCAAAGUUCAAACCAGCUUGUUUUGCCAGUUUUCGCCGGGCUGAACUACACUUUUCUGCAGCGCCUGUUUAGCUGCACAAAGAGGAAAUUAAAGUGUAUUUUUAAACCCUGAGGGAGGCGGCAACCCUGGGUGUUACAGCAUGGUUUGUGCGUCUGUUUUUGGGUGAUGCAGGAAGGGGGUGGAGGAGGAGGAGUGUCCUGUCAUGCCAGGAAUGUUGGCUCCCAUAAGAAUACCCUCACCAUGAGAAAGUUUGCCUUAUUUUGAAAUCAGCAGCUCCUUUGAAAGAUUUAAGCGAGUCUCCAGUCUGCACAUCAGCGGGACUUUACAGGUCUCAUUUUCUUACAGUUACAGUCGUUUAGCAGAUGCUCUGACUCAUAAUGACUUACAGUAAAGAGCGAGAAAGCUGACAACACGGGAGGUCACAGUUUUCUGGAGCAUCAGAGAGGCUAUAAAAAGCUCUUUUGUGUUUAUGGGAGCCUGAUGUUUUUCAGCUCGCCUGAGGGUGAAAGUGACAGGGUGAGAGAUCAGAGGCUGAGCCUGGAGGCUUGAUAAGCUGACAGGAUUUCAGGAUUGGGAUUUAAGCUCUGCAGGUAAUCUGAAGGAUGCUCUGCCUCGAGGUGUUGAAUAAAGCUGCAAGAAGAACCGUACUUCUACUUUAUUGAACAAAAACGACAAACAACACAGCUCCCAUUAAAGAAAUGUCCGGUUCUUACGGGAUUCGCAGCGUUAGUUAAAAUGUUUCUGCGCAGGGUUGGAUCAGCUGUGCGUAAAUUCAAUCGCCUUGUUUUUUUAAGGUAAUUUUUCAGUGAAGAUGGAGUCAGCGCGCUUCUAGUUUUUUUGGGUCACACUGUUUGAGGCGUAUAAGUUACAGCUUUAGUCUUACACUUCAGUCUAAGGAGGUAAAGUCUGAUGGUACAUUAUUUUUAAAGAUGGGAUAACUUGAGAGAGGAUGAGGAGUAGAAAGCAGACAUGUCCCCCAUAAUCAGAAAUACAUGAACAUGGAGCACCGCUGCUUUUAUAUAAACACUAGGGGAGUAAAAACACGAACAUCUCAGUUCUGAAGCCACAGUUUGGUUCAAACCCAAGAACUUAAACUUCAGGAUGAGUCCUCUGGUGUCCAGACUGUUGCUCUCUGCACAGAUUUUACUUGACAAACAUUUUAUCGAGAGGUUUUUAACUAAUUAUUUUGAGUAUCAGAGCCAGUUUAGUUUAUAUCACUCUAUCUUUAAAUGUUGAACACCUAUUGUGCUUUUUUUUUUAAAAAAGUUUGUUGAGCUGAAUUUGUCUCUAAACGCUUCUAAAAAGAAGGUGGUAUCACACGGAUGGAGAUCUAUCAUUUAUAAAGAAACUGAUUUUUCAGAGACAUGGUAAUUUGAUUUGUAAAAUACAAAAAUACAUUCAUUCAUUUUCUUAUUUUUGUUCAUGUGUUUGUCUCAUCUGACGUCAAAUUAAGUCCUAAACAGUUGUUGCGUCAUAAAUACAAAAGGGAAAAAAAGCAGCCUCGUCAGCAGCGGUACUGAGAUAUCUUUAGUCUGCAGAGGCUGAAUUUGUGGUCGAGCCCCUUCCAGCGGCUCCUUCAGGCAGAACUAACAUUUUUUCAUGAUGUUUUUCUCCUGUGGCCUCCAAGAAACUCUGAAUUAUGUGGAUAUUUUAUAAAAUCAAUGCUGUAGGUUUACCUUCUGCUGAUGGACAGAAACCUUGAGACUCCAAAAUUCCAGGAGGACAUAAAACAUGAAUGUCACGGUCACACCAAACAUGAAUAAAGUUCUCUACUAGCUUUAUUUGUAUGUAUCUGAACACCUGAACAUACUGAGUUUACUCACGUAAUUUGUGGGUCAUAUAUUGCGUCUCCAACAGUAUCCAAACAUAUGAAUCUAUGCAGGAUAGGAGGGGUUUCCUUCAUGCCACUUCCUGUUGUAAUAUUUAUAAAAACACUGUUGGAUCAGGUAGUUGAAAAAGCUGCACAAAGUCACAAUCAGUUUAUACCUCCCAGGCGAAUGAAUGAAUCUCGGCUGGUCUGUUUUUGUUGGAUCUCGAUGCUGAUUGGCUAUCGAAGCACAAAUGAGUUGUUUAAUUCCAAUUAUUUCAACUUUCCCGAAUGACGUAAGUAGAAUUAGACGAGCUGUGAAUUUAAGUCAUAUGUGAUAUCUGUAACACACUCAUACUACGACUUUAAUCGAUUAAUUCAUGAGGCUGUUUGCACUUUGAGUUUUUUCCCUCCCAGCAGCAUCUCUUCGGCUCGUAUUUGAUCGCUCCCUGAUUUCACUGAAUGAUCUAGAGCAAAAGUUGUCUUGUGCAUCUCUAACAGUGCACAUUAUCCUUACAUACUUAGACACUGGCACGACUAUCGGCUUCAAACAUGCAGAAAUCUCCAAGCUCUUAUCUACAGAAGUGUGGGUGGACUCUGAGCAGCAGGCAUUCAAACUUUCCAAAAAGAAAAUGUCAAAUCUGAUCAUCUUUUUAACCCUGAAACUGCCCUGAAGAAAAAGUCCUUGAUGGUUUUUGAGCCGUUGUUUCUUUGAGUGUGUUUAUCUACAACCUGCUGAACCAAAGAGUAGAGAGCACACAGGCUUUUUAAGUUCCUCUUUAGUCUUUAUGGUUUUUAACGUUGAUGGUUAUACUGUCGUCAAAUAUACGCCACUACGUUGGAAAAAAAGAGUUUAAGCCUCUGGCCAUCCAACUUCUCCCAAACCCCUGUGAUCUGAUAUUCGAUAUCGGUAUCGGUUCCAAUACUGAAGAAAAUUUGAGAUUUGGUAUCGUGACAAUGGGCCCGAUGCAUAGGGGUCAAUCUAUUCAGUCUAACUCUAUGCUAUGCGCCGUGAGGGGCAUCCACAAUUAAACACAUUGAGCGGAUGCCCACAUUGUUUUCAAAAUGGAGGGAACAAAGGGGUCUGCUAUCUUGAACUUUAUCACAAUACCUUAGCCUACAAGCUCGACGGCCGCUUGCAAUACCUGCGCGGUAAACGUUCCGAGGGGCGAACGGUAAAACUUCAGGCUACAACAAAAGGUAAUUCAGCACGUUUUUUCUGUAUCUGAAUUAGAUCGGUAUUGGCCGAUACUAAACUGUAGAUAUCGGUAUCGUAUCAGAGGUGAAGAAAGCGGAUCAGUGCAUCCCUAAAACUUUGGGUGUGAUUUCAAGGAGAACUUUGAAUAUGAUUAGAAGAAAAUCAACCCUGAAUGGCUAAUGGUCGGGAGCUCAUCAGCGUUAUGGUUCACGGAGAGCAGAGAUGCUAACAGCUGGUAUUAUCUCAAGCCUUGUCCGCAUGGAAACGAAAACAAACAAGUUUCCAUUUGAAAAAGUUUUCAGUAAACACAGAAUCAUUUCAGGAACUCCACUGCGGAAACAUGAAACCACUGAGGACAACUGAAAACGAUGUAGUGCAUAUGCCAAGCCAGUAAGUGGUGCUGUAACGCUAUCGAGGAAAUGCAAAAAGACAGAAGAAGCAUACGAAGCAUGCGUAAAAUGGUGUUUUGGACAGACACGUGUAGGCGCCUUAAGAGAGUUUCAAGAUAGAUCCGGAUAGGCGUCCAUGCAGACACGAAACGGUAGUCGUAAAUGAUUUAUCCAUUCAGGGACCCGUUUAUAUAUAGUAUCGUUGACAGAAAUGCCGCUAUGACAAAAAACUUUUGCGUUAACCCCUGAAUUUGUUUCUGUGUGGAUGGGGCCUAAAGCACAAUGAGAUGUCAACUGACGUCAACUGCACAGAGACGACCUCUGAUGUGGUUCACCUUAAAUCUUCCCUAAAGGCCGUGAACCCGGUCAUAUAUCAGGUUAAAUACCUGAUAUACCCCGUAGAGUUCGCCUGGAGUCAGAUAUUUGUCAUGUUUGCACCUUCUUCAAAUCGACCUUCAGUGAAACUCUGCAGAAAGAUUCACUGACAGCGCCUUUUAUUUCUGUAAAUAGACGACAAAAAACCCGCUCCACCUUCCACCGUCUCCUCUAAUCAAACAUUUCCUCCAACCUAACUUCUUGACUGACAGUUUGAAUUGACGUCACUUUGGCCAAAAGUACCGUCAGGAAGCAAACAAAGGGAUAUUUUGGAAAAAGUAAAACAAAAGUAAACAUUGUGAGGAUAAACAAAGGCGCUCAGCUCAGACUGAAUAAUAUCCCAUCAUCCCUUUCAUUAUUUUCACCUCCUCUCAGUUUUGUCGUCCCUCUUCCUCUGAGGUCAUCCGUCUGUUUUCUCCAUCUGACAAAUCCACCUCAAACCAGAACUCGCCAAUCAUGUCCGUCCUGGCACGCGGAUCUCUGCGCUGUGAUUAGCUCUGGCUCUGCCGGUGGAAAGAUUUCAGACUUCUCGCUCCGUGCCCUCCGUUUUAGUUUUUUUGCGUGUCCAGUUUCUUUAUUUUUUGUUGUCAGGAUCUCCGGUGACAAACAUGACUCAUGACCACAUCCAGUCACCAGGAUUAUUUGCUGUAAAUGCUCCUCUUUGCUCUGGUUUGAGGUGAUUUGUGGAAAGUCCUGAUGAUGCAGAGUCAUGUUACUGAAGAGAUGAUGGAGGAGGAGGACAGCCACAGUUCAGUUUAGAGGAAACACUGAAGUCAGCCAGAGGAACAUGGCUGAAGAUGAGGAGCAGUAUUACGCUGUUUUUGUGCUGUUUUAUGAUUCAGCAGAAAUGUUAGUGUAGGGUUAGUGUUAUUGGAGGCUGGCUCCAAGAAACAGGAAUAUUUCAUAAUAUCUAGAGGACUGAACCGAGAUUGAAGUGCUCCCUUGCUCACCCCUCAUGUCGGUGAAGUGACAAACUUAAAGCUCCUGUAAUGUUCAAUGGGUUUAACCCUCAAUUUGUCGAAUUUUUACCAUCAAAAAGUCCCUUAUCUUUCGACCGGUGUGUUUUGUGCAUCCAGCUACCAAAUACCAAAUACAAAGACCUCGAUGUUACCAGAACCAGAAUCUGUAAAUCACAUUUUAACAGCAGGUAUCAAAGCGAUACCUAACAGAUGUUUGGUAACGAAGUGGUCACUAAUGGCUAACCCUGGAUAUUUUCUGUAAAGAUGCGACUUUCAGGUUGUUUCAUGAAUACAAAGCUGUGUCGGUGUCAGCAGGUCAAGCUUUUUAAAGAUCAGUGAUUGGCCAGAAAAUUGUGAUCAGUGCACCCCUUAGUAAAAAGUAACACCCAGUGGAAGAGGCUGAAUGAGGACUGUCACAAGACUGCAGUACAUCGACUCUAAAGGUGUUGCAGACUGACAUGAUGACAUAUAAAAAUGAGUGUAACAGGUUCCCUUUAAACUUGAGUGUGUGAUAGUCAGUCAGAGCGCAGAUCCUCAUCCUUCAGGUCCUGGUUUCUCUCAGGUUCUAUGUAAAGGAGGUCAUCAGCUCUGAGCACUGGAUGGAUUUUUGGCAGACCUCUCUGGUGCUCUUAUCUGUAGCGUUUGUGUAUAUGGUGUUCAGUUCUCUAAGUCCAGCAGACAGCUCUAUGAAUGUCUGGGUGUCAUUACUGAAACCCUUUGAGGAUGUUUGAAGGAAGAAGAGAGCGGAUAGAUGUGUUUGGCAACAUCUUAUUGGUCCAGCGAUGUUCACAUGGAUGCCCAGGAUAAGACCGGAAACAGCAGGCUGUAAAUUUAACUCCAGGAGUCGACUGCACUCCCAUCACUCUGUUUGCUUAUUAUCUCAAGUUGUUUAGCAGUUACAUUUGGACAGUUAAGUGCUUCAACAGAGAUUGUAUCUGUCAUCUGGUGCAUGGGAAGAAGUCCGUUUGGUUUAUCGAAGGUCUGGAAACUCACCUGUAGGGAGGCUGAACUGGACCAAGCCUUUAUUUGCUGAAGUCGGGGGUUCUUAUCGUAAAGACUGGAGGGAGCAGUCUCAGAUAAAACGUGUGGAGUUCAUGUUUAGUUCAAGUUUGGCUUUGUGUCAAAGUGAAUUAUUUAUCCAGAGGAGCUCGGAGCCGUGGGCCGGUCUGGCAUCGAUUAAGAUAAGACUGUUGAUGUCUGUGGUUCUUGUGGAGCGGCUCGGCUCAUUCAAGAGAAACAAAGAGCGAACGUUUCAUUCCCAGAGUCUCUGCUGGAAAAUCUGGGCGAGUUUGGAGGCAUGGCUGCCAGUGAUUGGAAUUUUUACAGAUCUUUGGGUUUGCGGCGAUGUCUCUGAACCUGAUUGAUGAUGGGGGCAACAAGGGAGGAAUGUCUGGACACCAGACUGGUCUCUGAACAGCUGUGAUCAGAUCAGUUAUGAGCUCUAAUCUGGACUAAAGUAACACCAGCGUUUAUCUUCGAUGUGAACAUGCUGCUGUUUAACCUCUCCAACCCUGAAGGAUUUCAGCUCACACCAGUUUGUCCUGGAAAAGGAGCGAGUUUCAUCCCCAAAGACAACAUUUUUGAAUCCGGGGGUAAGUGAAACUGUCAGUUUGAUGGAGGGAGGAAAAGAGGAAAAAACUCGGAGCACAUUCAGGGAUGCCAGCAGAGGGAGAAGCCGGUCCGGGGUUUGAUGUUUGGGAAUGGAGCCGAAAACCCCUGAUGGAGGGCCGAGGGGCAGGAGCCAGAAGAACAGAUUCCCUCACAUUCGCCAUCUGGCAUGUAAAUAUGUUCCAACACUGACCGGACAUCACCAAGGCACAUUACCCCUGCAUGAGAGCAUCAGAACCACAAAAGGACGGGGCAUUUUACACUUUCGCUGUCAAGUAAUUUUACCAGGCUGCACACCUGAAUUUAAAAGAAAUACCUGUAGUUUGUUCAAGUCUGCAAAAUAUCAUGGGUUUAGUCAUCUCUUCCCUAUUGCUGAGAAAAAAGCAUUAAAACAAGAACAAAUAAAAGAGUUACAAAUUCUACUUGGAGUAUAAUGUUCAUAAAAAUGUUGGGAUCAGUGUUUGAUCACCUGGAUAUAAAAAUGCUUUUGUUUAAUUGGUUUAAAUUGAGCCUCUUCUAUCUACAUGAGAUCGGGUUCACUUGGUUUCUUCAGUAUCACAGAACGGACAAACUAGUAACAUAUGCUUUCUGGUCUUAAAGGUGGGGUAGGCAGGAUUCCGUUAAAGAAGAAGAAGAAGAAGAAGAAGAAGAAGAAGAAGAAGAAGAAGAAGUCAACAUUUUUAAGAAGGCCCGCUGUUUCUGACUGUAAACAAAGAAGAAGAAGAAGAAGAAGAAGAAGAAGAAGAAGAAGAAGAAGAAGAAGAAGAAGAAGAAGAAGAAGAAGAAGAAGAAGAAGAAGAAGAAGAAGAAGAAGAAGAAGAAGAAGACUCUGGUAGAAUAACGGGCGCUUAAAACGGAGGUAGACCGGACAAGAGCUAAAAAGCCGGGUCAACAUAAACGAUGGGGGACGCUUGGGGAUCUUGGUGACCCUGUAACCUUUCUGCUGGACAGGUAAACCGCUUUAACAAAGUAAGACAAGUGUCUGUAACAGAAGUGUUUCUUGUCAAACGGACCUGCUGUAGCGUGUUGUAGCGCCAUUGCUAAACUGUCCUCCCUCGGGUCCUGGACUAUGUCACUUUAUCCUAGUUGUAGAAGUCCUGCAAACAUUGUGUUUGCUGGUAGUCUGUUGGCAUCUACAGUAGCACCAAUGCUUUUGACUUUCACCUUGACUGGGCCCCAUUUGUAAUUAUCUGAAGCAUUUAUCUGCAUUAUAUCUGAAUUUAAUUGGAACGAUACGAGCGAGCAGGAGCGUCUGUUUGUAGGCGGGGCUUGAUGGAGCAGAGAGGGAGGGGUGAGGAGGAGCUGAGGGGAAAACUGGUUGGGAGGGGUAGAGUUUACAUUCAAGAUUUCUCCUAAAAACUGGAACAAACUCAGAUCCUGACUACCCCACCUUUAAGGGAUGGUGUGAAGAAGAAGCAGAAAGUGAUCUUUGAAGAAUUUGUCCUCUACGGCCACUGUUACUCCUGUUGGAUGGAGUGGGCAGGGCAUCAUUUUAAUCUAGAAUGAGACAGCUAGAUGUUGUUGAAUAUUUCCAUUUCUACUCUGCAGCUGUAAACCCUGUAGAAAUGCAUGACUCUUGUGUGCCUGCAGCUCUAUCUUUCUACAUAAAGUGAUCCAUCUGUCGCUCCUCGAUGUUUCCAUAAUCAGGAUCAGUGUCAGGACAUCUCCGGAUUUCAGUCUCACAACAGAAACCUAGAAAGAGAGUAAUCAGAAACAUUCCUCCCAUCAAACUGAGUGAGAUCGUUUCUCUGCCAGGCCUCUGAUGGAAGUGGUUUCAGCUCCAUUAACCAGCCGUACAUCCAUACGUUCACUCUUAAAGCUGGGCUAGAGCCGCCUUUGAAAAAUGAUCUGUUUUCGCUGAGUGCAGCGGUCAAAUUAUUCCCAAACACGGAGGGGGAAAACUGGCAGAGACAAAAAGAAAGGAAAAGACUCUGAAUCCAAACCGACAUAACUCUGAUAGGAAAGAAAAUGAGGAAAACCAAAAUGAAAACGCUUCAUCGAGCUUCUCGACUAUGAGCAGGGAUGGGGCUAGGAUAAAAAUGAAUUUUAUUGAAAAGCAGAAGAUCGUGCAGAAGUGUCGAUCUUACACACUGUGUAAGGAUUGUGUUUUGUACAGAGUGACACAGAAACUAGGCCAAAAUGACUUCAGACAUCUUAUUGCUGUCUGUCUGUCCCUCUGAUUGGCUGUUUAGUAUAUGGGGCACAGAGAUACAGCUAACUCUAAACCUCACUGGGACAUUUGGCAGCGAGGUCUGUCAUUGCGGCCUGAGGCUUCGGCUCUGGUCAGAGGAGGACUACAUGUGGACAGGAAAGCAUCGGUCUGGGCAGCUGAAGUCCUACCUCCAAUCCCUGGGUGUCAACUGACUUCCUCUGUGUGACCUCUGACCUUUGGCUGCCCUGGAGACAGCCAGGGACUAUUUAAACCUCUGAACACUGCAAUGGUCAGAAGACAGGGCAUGUGUGAAUGUUUAGAUUCAUGUAUUCACAGGGAAACAGCUGCAUGAAGUGCCGGGUUUGAACGUGAAUUGUUGUUUGCUUGUGCUUUAUCAACAAAACGUAACAUCAGAUUUUGCACCGUGCUGCAUCAUACAUUUUUAAUAUUACUGAAUGCAUCAAAUUGUGACAUAUAGUAUUGCUCCCUGUUGUUAUUGUAACAUAUCGUAAUGCAUCAAAGCAUAAAGUGGUGUUUUGCAUCCUUUUGAAUCAUAAUAUAUCAUAACAUACUGUAAUGCAUCAUAUCAGAACAUAAUGCAUUGCAUCUUAUUGUUUCAAAUUCUAUUGUUUUAUACUAAAAUGCAACAUUUCACUGUAUAGUAUUGUAUCUUUAUGUAUUUAAUUGCACCGUGUUGUAUUGCAAACACCAGGAUAGCGCGGUAUCAUGAUGUUCCCUACUGUAUUGUAUUGCAUGGAAUCAUAUUAUAUCAUAUUGCAGUGUACUGUAUCACAGCAUUGCAUUGCACGCAUGUUAUCCAGCUGGGUUGUAACUUGUCAGGUAUCUCUCUAUCUAUCUAUCUAUCUAUCUAUCUAUCUAUCUAUCAAGUUUUAAAAUAUCUCUCAGCAUCUGUUGAUUGAACAAGGACUUGGUUUUAUGCUGAAUAUUCCAGAUGUUUUUACAGACUGUGACACUGAAAGUCAAUAAGCUCAUAAAAUCAGCUGUUAAGUAAAUACAGAGGCUUUAUGAUCCUCUAUUGUGCCGUAAGUCAAACACUCAAACCCUCACAGACAGUUGGAACAGUAAAACAGACGUUUAUUUGUAUGACAGAAGUUGUGAAAGGACAGAUUGGAGAGCAUUCAGAGGAGCUGCUGAGCUCAUGCAGCUGCGAAAUCCAUAAAUUCAUAAAAUAACAACAUUAUAAAUCCAGCCAGAGGAGAACAGAGUUUUGCAGAUGGGCUGAGUGUGUCGUCGGAUUUUAGUGCCUCUGCAGCAUGCGCUGACUGUCUGUGAGCAUUGUGAAACACUACAGGAGACAUGAUGCCAUAGUUUCUUCACCCACGGUCAGGAAACAACCACUGGGAUGUUUGGAAAGGACAGACAUCCCGAGAGGUUUUUCAGUAAACACUCCUUCACCGCAACAAUUACAUCAGGCUCAGACAAAGUCCUCUGGUGAUCCAUUUCCUCACUCAGCCCAGACGUCCAGAAGACUGCUGUCUGAUAUUUAAGUUGACACUGUCUUUGUGCUUGACAACCUGAACCAAAGAUCUUGGUUUGGCCAGCUUUGAGACUUAACUCAGGGCACAAACAGCCGACCGCUUGGUGAAAGUCUUUAAACCUGAAACUGUGCCAAGAAAGACUCAGGCACUCUCAUGUAACUGUUGUGGGAUAUCUUUGGACGAUCCCGCAAUGCUGGAAUGUGUUUCCGAUUUUCUCAUCCUCUCUUUUUCAUCUCUUUAGGAUGAUUGACAGCCGCUCCUCCUGAUCCCAAGGAUGCCUGUGGUGCCAGUGGGCGGGUCAUCCUCCUCCCAGCAUGUGGUACCCGUCGCCCUCACCUGCUCCUGGCUGGUCCUGCUCUUCCACGCCGCCUUUGGUCAGAAACCUGCCAAGUUGCCUCUGAUUGGCCGUAAGCCAUUCAUCGCUGCCUGGAACGCCCCUCUGGACAUGUGCACCAUCAAGUACAACGUCACUACCAACCUCGACCGCCUCUUCCACAUCCACGGCAGCCCACGUGCUGAUUGGACGGGACAGAAUGUAACAAUCUUCUAUGCAAACCGGUUGGGUUACUACCCUUACUACACACCGGAGGGCGUCGCUGUGCAUGGCGGUCUACCGCAGAACUGCAGCCUAGACCUCCAUCUGUUCAAGGCCUACCAGGACAUCAACCACUUCAUCCCUGCGGAGGACUUCAGAGGCCUCGCUGUCAUUGACUGGGAGUUCUGGCGCCCACAGUGGAGCCGCAACUGGCACAAGAAGGACAUCUACAGGCGGAAAUCCAGGGAGCUAACCGCCAAGGCGUAUAUUAAUGUGACAGACGCUCAGGUGGAGGAGCUGGCACGGCGGCGCUUUGAGAAGAGCGCAAAGGCAUUCAUGCAGAGGACUAUACAGCUGGGGACACGCCUUCGCCCUAACGGCCACUGGGGCUUCUACCUCUACCCCGACUGCCACAACUACAACCUGCAUGAGCAGAACUACACAGGGCUCUGCCCCCUGCUGGAGAGGCUGAGGAAUGACGAGCUGCUGUGGCUGUGGAACAGCAGCACGGCGCUCUUUCCCUCCGUGGCGAUCAGGAAAAGUCACACCAACAGCAUCAGCAACCUGCACUUCUCCCAACACAGGAUCAGAGAGUCGCUCCGAAUCGCCUCGCUGACUUCCAAGGAGUACGACCUCCCCACCUUCGUGUACCUGAGGCUGGGCUACAGAGACGAGGCUCUGACCUUCCUCACUGCAGUAAGGACAAAAUUCAGCUGUCGGUGGUCGUGUUUUACGGCGAACACACAGUUUUCAUUCUGAGCUUGCUUUUGUAAAUCGCACUAAUGCACAGCAAAAUACAGUAUUUAAUUCUCUGAGGACACUUACUGAACAGACUAAAAACUGGCCCUUGAAAAGCCCCAGAUCCUAAUUUCUUUCAUUUUGUAGUGCUAAUAGUUUCACUGAAAACGACCUUGUUGAAAGUUUGGAGAAAAUUCUAUGUCAUAGAUUCUAAUAAUGGACAAAUGUCAGUUUUUGUAUAUUGUGACAAAAGGCCAAAUAUAGAGUAGAAACACUGAACAGAGCACCACCCUGUGUUCAUAUGCAGUCUUUAGUUUUGACCUCAUUGGCAUGAUUUAUCUCCACUCCUGUCCUGCUCCUUGUCUGCAAGCACCAGGCAAGAAUUUCAUCAUUUAGAGAAGCAUGUUUGUCUCCCCUAGAGUAGGUGGCGACAUGCCCCCUUACAGCUUCUUACAACUAGAUCGUCUUUGGGAUGAACACUAAACAACGAAAGCACUGUCACUUUUACAGCCUCGGGUGGUUGGAUCGACAACACCUGCCAGUGAUAUCACACAAUAAGAUUAGCUGUAUGUCAGAGAGUUUAAGUUUGUCCCAGUGGCAUUGUUGUACCAAGGGCACGGGACCCUGAGCCAAUCUGACCACCAGUAAUACCAUAGAUAAAAUACAGUAUUAUGCUGUCAAAGUUCUCCAGUCUUCAUUAUAUAGUGCUAGUUCAGUCUAAGACCCUCAAAAGCCAAUUUUGGUGCAAUUUCAUUCUAAAAAAGCCAAUUGACUCACUCCAAACUAUUAGCUUUCAAAAAGGAAACUGAGCAAGAAACCAUUUCCCUUUUACAAACCUAAAAGCUACAAAGACUUACCUGAGGACUCCACCUACCCUGUUCUGACUUCUUAUUAGGUAGAUGGAUAACUUGGUGCAUUCCUUGUCUAUUAAACGAGGAAAUCUACAUCCUUAAACUAAAGUACUGAGUCUCCAACAUAACCCCAUUGUUUUAGUUUGAAAUUGCUGCAACUCUCAGUUCUGUCAUGUUUAGGAAAGAUCUUCUACUGGUUGUUGUUUGUACUCUGAAUUGACUGACUGCUGCCAUCUGGUGGAGAAACCAGCAAACACAGCUAAACACAAUGACAGAUGAAGAGAUUUUUUCUCCGGCUGGUCAUUCAAGGGUUUAAGAAACAGCCUGGGAGGUUUCGUUUCUAUACUUUUCACUCCAAAAGCUUUGAACCUCAAGUCCUGGUGUUGUGUGAAGUCUUUAAAUACUCGUUUGAAAACUACCAUUCUGUCUGAUUUAUAUCUAUGUGCUUCUGCAGAAAGACUUGAUCCACACCAUUGGGGAGAGCGCUGCUCUUGGAGCGGCAGGGUUCGUCAUCUGGGGAGACCUGAACCUGACCUCCUCCAGGGUGGGUGUCCUUUACCUUUUAUUCUGAAAAGCCCCAUAAAUCAUUCUUCCUCUUUUUCUCUAUUAAACCGGCAGACUGACUCACGGACAGAAUCGUAAAUUAAGUUGUGAACUUUGGUGCCAAAACAUUCUUUCCAAAGCUUUUUGAAAUUUUUUGGCCUCCAAACAAACCACAGCAAGAAACAGAGACAGACAAAAGAGAGCCAGCUUUGUGAGAGUGGUUUAAAAACACACAAGGGCCGCACAUUUAGAAAGCUAUGAUGCAGAAGUCCUGUGUGCACGACAGAAAACAUGAUUAUCCAAACAGCAAUUUACCGAAAACCAAAGAGAGCCAAAGGACUUCGCAGCAACUUUUGAAAAAUAUACGAGUACAUAGAACUACACUUGUAUUGUGAUUAUUUUAAAAGGUGGGGUAGGCAGGAUUCCGUUGAAGAAGCAUCUUUUUUUGUGGUGUAUUUACAAAAAAGCUUUUAAUAUCAGUUAAUAGUUAUUAGUUAUUGAUGACAUUUGGUAAUAUAACAAUAUCGCUGUGUUUUCUUAUGUCUGUGUAGUCAACAUUUUACAUUUUUGAGCGGCCCGCUCUUUCUGACUGUAAACAAAGCCGUUCUCCACCUCCCCCAACCUGAUUAGUUGCGAGGCAGAUGCCGCUCCCUCGUGUUGUGAGGCACGCUCCACGUCCUCCAACAACGUGCACGAGCCCAAAGUUAGCAUGCUACAACUAACUAGAGUAGAAACCAACCAGAAGUACGAAAAUCACAAGCAAUAAAAUGAAGUAAAUACCAGAGACUCUGGGGUAAUAAAGGGCGCUUAAAACGGAGGUAGACCGAACAUGAGCGAAGAAGCCGGGUCAACAUCAGCAUAAAUGAUGGGAGACACUUUGGGAUCCUGGUGACCCUAUAACCUUUCUGCUGGAUGGGUAAACCUCGUUAACUAAGUAAGCCAAGUGUCUGUAACAGUUUAUCACUUUAUCCUAGUUGUAGAAGUCCUGCAAACAUUGUGUUUGCUGGUCGUCUGUUGGCAACUACAGUAGCACCAAUGCUUUUUACUUUCACCUUGACUGGGCCCCAUUUGUCUGAAGUAUUUAUCUGCAUUAUAUCUGAGUUUAAUUGAAACGAUAUGAGCGAGCAGGAGCGUCUGUUUGUAUGCGGGGCUUGCUGGAGCAGAGAGGGAGGGGAGGAGCUGAGGGGAAAACUGGUUGGGAGGGGUAGAGUUUACAUUCAGGAUUUCUCUCCAAAACUGGAACUUCCUCAGAUCCUGACUACCCCACCUUUAACUAGAAUACUGUCCUUUUUACUCAUGGCACCAAAAAGGUAAACUGGCAGAUCCUUACCUCCAUGUACUUAAUAAAAGCCUGGGUGUGUUAAAAAGUGAAGGAAAGCAAUUUUUAUUGGUUGUUCUUAUUGGAUUAAAGCUCCUGUGAGUAACUUUUAGUUUGUGUAAAUUUUGGCGCCCCCUGUGGAUAAGGUAGUCUCUGCUUGUCUUGAGCUUAAAUGUGUCAUUUGAAUGCUGUUUCUGAAGCUGCUCAGCACUUAUGGUGUAUCCCUAAUCAAAUUAAGAACACUGUAAACAUACACACAACGACCACAUGUUGAAUUAAAAAUAAAGAACCAAGAUUAUAUUACUGUACCUUUUUUUAAAGUCCCUGUUGGUUGAAAUCUCUGAGCCUGAACCCGACAGUAAACGUCACGUGUUGUUGUGUUUCCUCAGCAUAACUGCUCCAAAGUCAAAGCCUUCCUGAACCACCGCCUGGGUCAGUACAUCACCAAUGUGACGCGAGCCGCUGAGGUCUGCAGUGAGUUUCUCUGCCAAGCAAACGGCCGCUGUAUCCGCCGGGACCCCCUCGCCCACCAUUACCUCCACCUGAGCUCCAAAAGCUACCGCAUCAGACGCACCGGUGAUGGGGACUUUACUAUCACUGGGUGGCACUCGCAGCACGACCUGCAGCUGCUCACGGAGAGGUUUAGGUGUCACUGCUACGAGGGCCACGAGGGCGAGCGCUGCGACAGCAUCAACAAAGUGAAGGAGGACGACGAGCCGUGGGGGGAGGACAAGGAGGACGAGCAGGAGAGGAGGAGGACAGAGUGGGAGGACGAGCAGGAUGAACGGUGGGAGGGAGGGGAGAACGAGGCGGCAGGGAGUGGGUACAGCCUCCACCUGAUGCUGUUGAUGCUCCUGUUGAACUUUUCGUUCGCAAAAACAGUCGUAUGAUGAACCAUGAGAAAGAGAGGAGUCAUUUUUCAACUCAGCUGUGUACAGGUGUUACUUUUCAACACACAUGAUCUAUAAAAGUAAAUUUUAAUAUUCGGGCUAAAUCAUAGGGCUCUUAAUUUAGGUGAAUGAACUCACAACUUAAUUCUCAAAAUAGUUUGUGUUAAAUCCCAUAAAUUAUGAUACUGAUCAAAUAGAACAAGAUUUUCUUUUCUCAAAGGUUUACAACUUAAUUAAGUAAACUUCUUAAUUCUCAUUUGAUUUUAAUCCUGUAAAAUUUAGACUUUGACAUCAAAUAUUUGAUCAAAUUCGUUAAGGGCCUGUGUCCACUGACUGCAUUUUUGCACUGGCAGCAGCUACAGCUAUCUUUCACACAACCAAAGCUGUUUUUUUUUCAAAAGAAAAAAAAAUCACUUGAGUGUUAGCUCUUGUAUUCACUAUCCUCUCAGAAAUAUCAGCUCAUGAUAGUUCCAAUUUCGGAACUCCUGAACGCACAUUUAUGUCACUCUUCUGCACCAGCCAAUCACAAUAAAGAAGAGGUGGGAUUGCUGAUAUCUACUCUGUCAGCAAAAUUUAGUUGAAGCACAUUUUUGAGUCGGCAGUCGGGAUGUCCCGAUCCAAUAUUGAUGUCAGAUAUUGGUCUGAUAUCAGCAAAAAAACGAAUAUUGGAUUAUUUUGGCCUGCAUCUAUAAUCUCCGAUAUCAGCACUCCGAUACAAGCAAGGAGAAGGAGUGAUGUCAGCCAUGUGGCAGUAUUUUUCGCCUAAUUCUGAAAAAGACAUUGCAGCUAAAUGCUUGUCAUGCCCAAGUUGGUGCCAAUAUUGGAUCAAUAUAGAUAUUGGCCGAUACUAAAGGCUACAAUAUCUGUAUCAUAUCGGAACAAUGUAAACAAAGUUAAUGAUGACUGACACGAAGAGUGGCACAAGACAACUUAAGAACCAGCACCAGUGAAUUUAGGGGUUGUGGGUGCUGACAGCCCCCCAAAAUGCUUCUAGUGGACACAGGCCCUAAUGCCGACUUUUGGAAACUCAGGAGAUUGUGUUUACAUUUGAAAAUCAUAAAACUGAUCUUUUAUGGGGAUUAUGUUGCUAAAAAACUAGUUUAUGAAAUAUAAUUGUAUUUCUGAGAUCUGUUUAAAAUCUUUUUCAUGAUAUAAAAACAAAGAACAGCUGAUAGAUGAAGCCGAUGGGACACGUUGUAGUUCUGUCCAAACCCGUUGUUAGGUCUAAUGAGGGUUUGAAUGUGUGUUGAAGAGUAACACUCGUAAAUCUUGACACUCCAUCUCUGAGGGGUGUAAUGGCACUUAACAUGAAACAGUUUGACACGUUGACUUGAAACAUGAAGGUCCAGUUGAUUGUAAAACAGUUCACCUGGUUGAACGAUCUGUGCUUCUGUUUGGAAAUGUUGAAUUUGAGCUUUUGUAUACUGUUUUAAAACUGUGGCCUGAUUUAUGUCCAGUGAGGAGACCAAAUGAUCAUCGAGCUCUGGUGCAGAAUCAUGAGUUUAACUUUUCAAAGCUUUAGUUUAACAAAGGUUCAGUAUUAUCAAAAUAGACUUGCUGCAGGAUAAUCCACUUUUUAUGAGAGGAUAAGGGAAACCAAAGGGUGUGAAACUAACCACUCGUCAUAUGUAGGAAAAUAAUCACUAACAUUAACUCGGUCUGAGGUGUUUCUGGGGCGCCAUUUAAAGGGAAUUUCUGAUCGUUUUUAUACACCUUGGUUUAGAAAAUAUCAGAAAGCCUGUAACUGGAUUUCUGCAUGAAGAAGGUCCUUUCUAUCUUGCAUGGCAUGGAGGUAAUAACUUUGCACACAAGAUGAACAUUUUUUCACGGAGCUUCGGGGGCCCCACAGACCUGAUCUGUAAUGGCAUGAACAAAGCUGUUAUUUCACUUGACAUAUUUCAUAUAGUGUGUAUCUUUUGUACUGUUUUGUAAACUGUGGUUGUGCAGCUCAUCUGGAAACGCCUCGUAUUUGAGCCUGGGCAUGAUGCACACACCUUACAGGUGCUUCUCAUUCAAGUUUUCAUUUAUCUGUAUCUUAUCUUUUAUUCAUAGUUUGAUUCAUUAGCCUUGAAGAUCCCAUAUGUGGAGGACAGAGUUUCUUUGUUAGGUUACGUAGAAGUCGAUGUUUCUAUAUCUCAGUUCAGAGGGUUCGGAUCCACAAACCGUGUGUACUUUGUGAUGAUGUCUCAUCGUGACGUGGCCGAGAGGACCAAGCAGUGAUGUUUCUGUCUCUGAAGCUGCUGAACGGUACCGACUGUAGGAAUGAAGAAACACUGAACAGGAUGUAAAAGACGGCACAUACUGUUAUCGGUUUAUACCUAUUUCUCAAGGUCUUCAACGCCUUCUUCUUGCCAAAAACCAAAGAUGAGGUCUGAAGCAUCAGAUUAAGUGUAGAUUAAGGAUUGUCUCCUACAGGAAUAGCUAUUAGCAAGCUUAGAGAUGGAUGCAGGAAGUCAGGGUGAAAACAAAGGGAUCUUGCUGGGUGAUCUUGUUGAAUUUUACAGUCAUACACAGCCCAAAGAUCCCUCAGGUUGGUCCAGUCUACAGCAGAACAGAUUCUUGUGUCAGUCAUGGACAGUUGAAGGACUCUCGAGUGUCAGGUUUUGAGUUUAUUUCUCACAAUUCUAUUCAGGAAAAUCCAAACAGGAGCCUUUCGCCUUUGUUCGGGUUACGACUUAAAAAAAAAAUCAUCUCUUUAAGAUUGUGUAAGCUUAGCAACUGUCAGCAUCAGAAACCCUGAUCCUGGUUAAAACUGAAUCAGUACUUUCAUCUCACAGAAGCCUUCUUCAGCUGAGGUUCAGGUCUCGAGAGUUUGACUUUAUACAUCAGUGGCUGUUUCCUGCACUUAAUCUGUGUUUUAUUAUUAUUAUGAUGCAACAAGGACUAUGCAACACAUGAGAAAUGUUACCUGAAUGUAAAUGCACUGCAAAUAAAUACUUUUCUUCAAUAAA